CGCGGCGGGCGCAUCCCGGAUCGGCGCGCAGGGGCACGGCGGGAGAGCCUGGCAAUGGUGCUGGACACUCUGGCUCGCAUCGUCAAGGUCCAGCUGCCCGCGUACCUCAAGCGCCUGCCGCUGCCCGAGAGCGUCGGCGGCUUCAUCCGCCUGACAGCUACGCUCUCAUAUGGAAAAGCUGUUACUUAUAUUUACCAAAUAGAGAAAUUCAGCUGCUACAAAGUUGGGAGUUCAGCUGUUACUGUAAGAAGCUGCUUUUGGGCCUGCAUGGGGUUAUUUCCACAAAAAGUAGCUGAAACGUAAGUCAAAGAUACCAAAGGAGUAGUUGAUGGAAGACAAAGCAGGGAAUACCUGCUUUGAUUUUCCUCUCAGUGGCUGGUCUGUACCUUUGUUCAUAGUGUAUGUGUUUCUUUUGGUUUUGGAUGUGUUACUGUUGGACUAAAAAUUAAGACAACCUCUCCUUGAAAAUAUCUGUGGCUUAAGCUUUUUGGAAUUCUUUGGUUUCUGAUACUUUCCAGGAC